AUGCCGCACAUUGGUCUUCUCGCUGCAGUCGGGUGCUUUGUGCUCUGGGGCCUCUUUCCGAUCUACUGGAAGCAGCUCGAGGCGAUCUCGGCCGUCCAGCUAGCGCUCCACCGCAUCGUGUGGUCGUUUGUGCUGCUCCUGCUGUACCUCGUGGGAUCGCGCCAGUUGCAAGCAUAUCUGCAAGCGAUUGCAUCGUGGCGCGUCGCCGGCAUCUACGCGCUCUCGAGCGUCUUCAUCCUCACCAAUUGGCUCCUCCUCGUUUGGGCCAUCAACGCCGGGUACAUCGUCGAAGCCAGCCUCGGGUACUUUAUCAACCCGCUUCUCAACGUCGUGCUGGGGGUUGUCUUGUUCUACGAGCGACUCCGAUGGCUUCAGUGGGUCGCGAUCGCGGUCGCCGCGGCCGGUGUCCUUGUCGUUGCGAUCGCGUACGCCAAGUUUCCGUGGAUUGCGCUCACGCUCGCUACAACGUUUGCGCUCUACGGCUAUAUCAAGAAGCUGGCGCCGCUGACCGCGCUGAACGGCUUGACGCUCGAGUGCAUGCUACUGCUGCCGCCGUCGGUCGUCUACCUCGUUGUCGCCGAGUGCAACGGGUCCGGUGCCUUUGGCCACGUCGACACGACAUCGAAUCUCAUGCUCGUGGGCGGCGGCGCCGUGACCAUCGCGCCGCUGUUGCUGUUUGCGAUUGCGGCGCCGCGCAUUUCGCUCAGUCUCCUCGGCAUUACGCAGUACAUUGCGCCGAGCGUUCAGUUUUUGCUCGGCGUCUUCAUGUAUGACGAGCCCUUCUCGACGUUCAAGCUCAUUGGGUUCAUCCUCGUGUGGGCUGCGCUGCUACUGUACACGAUGGAAAGUCUUGUCGAGCUCCAUCGCGCCAAGAUCGCAGAAGCGGCCAACAGCGUCCAGACUCCUCCCGUCGACAGCGUCUAGUCCUCUUCUAGCCAUUAGGACUUUCCGAGCUACUACAUACUUAGCAACUUUGAAUCUUUA